GGGGUUGGGGGUGUGUCCGGGCUCUGCUCGGCUCCCGGGCUUCUCCGAUCCUCAUUCGGGAUGAUGGCAGCACGGUGAGCGGGACAGGCGGGAGCCCCGGCGGAGGAGAUGGAUUCCCAGUCUUUAGAUAGCUGCAUUCAGAAGACGCUGUCCUCCCUCUACCAUCCCUUCGAGUUCACCGCGGCCACCGUGCUGUGCCAGGUCCUGGAUGUGGUGGAGAAGACCUUCCGCGGAGACGGGCUCAGUUACCUCAUCGAUUUCCUGAUCCCCGCCAAACGGGUCCUGCAGGGGCUGCAGCAGGAGGCCUGUCUGCAGUACUGCGGGUUGCUCUUCCGACAUGCUGGGUGGCCCCUGUGUAUCCAUGACAAGGUUGUCCUGCAACUGGCUUCCAUUGACUGGAGACUCCUUCGACCCGGAGACUUCUACCUUCAGGUUGUGCCUUAUCUGAGAAAGACUCCGAGGAUCGUGCUCAAAUGCCUGGCCCAAGACCAACAUAACGUCGAGGAGGUGGUGCUGCCAGAAGUGUCUUACACCUCCAUUUUUACAGUGGAAUGGUUGGAGUUUAUCAACUCCGAGAGGGUCGGGGCCUUGCUGGAGAACUGCCUCCUGACGUCUGAUGACCAGCUCUUCAGGGUCUCCUGGGGUAUAGUGGUUCAUCCUGAGUUUAUAGAGAAAACAGAGCCAGCUGAGAAGGCGACAGAAAUUGGUGAAAACUCGGGCUUGCCUUCUGAACCAGCGAACAGAAGGUCGUCUGACCCCCAUAUGGGAGAUUUGAUGGUUAUAGACAAUGCAGCUGUUCUCGAUGAGCCAAGCACCAGCUAUGAUGAGGAGCCAGUGGUUAAAGCUUUGGACACCAAAACGGAAUGCUCUAGUGAUCUCGAAGGGGAGUAUGUUGAAUUGCGCGAUAUCAAAGUGCCCCGUUUUGGGCCUCAGAAAGGGUCCUUAACGCAGUCAGUUGCCUUAAACUACAAAAGCCAGUGCAAAUCCAACCAAAGAGCACAAAAUAGCCAAACUGUAUGUAAUCUGGGCAGCAGGGAAUGUACGGAGGGUCUCCUUUCCUACCCUGUAGAGCCUUGUGAAAAAAACACUAUAAUGGGAGCAAGCGUAACGCACUACAUUGCUGAGAAUGCACAAAAGCCAGAGUCUUUUGGCCUGGUGGACAUCGAGUUUGGGGGUCGAGAGUCCCCAUUGUCUGACCGUACCGCUUUGAUUGUUGACAAAGGAAGUAAGCCUUUCUACCAAGAUUUUAAUGUCGAAAACGAGGCCUCGCGUAAGGCUUUGCAGCAAGAAGCUGACGCCGAUACAAACGCAGCUGAUAACGGCCUACAGUGCUGCGAACGGCCAAGUUCAGAGCCGACUAAUUAUGGCGAUUUAUCCUUCCGGGAGGAAACCCAAAACCACUUAAGAGAAAGCAUCGAGGACGGCCAACUGACGGAUGCUUAUCAAGAACCUGCUACAGAGCAUUCCAGGGCACCGGAGUGUCCAAACACCGAGACCUUGGAAUGUUCUAGCCAAGGGAUUUCUAAAACGUGUGCCGACCAGGCCGAAACUGGGGAGAGCGACCAAUCCGUGCCUUUGUUGGUAAACGAGACGCAUGAAGCGGAAUACUUGAAGGAGGCCAACGCGGACAUAAUAAUCCAUGUAGAUGUUGUUGUAGACCAGUGUGAUUGGCCUGUCGUUGAGCACCAGCCUUCUCCUUUAGAUGCGAGUGACCAAAAUGUGCAAGUGGAGGUAGACCAGCAACAUGACCUUGACAUUUGUGGGGAGCAGCCCGAAGGAGUUGACAGUUCAGAGAUUAAUGGCGCCACAACUGACGCAGCUGCGGAGACUGAGGAAAGGACUGAACAGGAAUCGCGGCAGUGUGAUGACGGCUUGUCCAGUUGUCCACAAAACGCCAGCUGCCGGUUAUCUCCGUCGUCGCAGUUGCCACUAGAAACCCUUCAUGAGGACACAGAGGAAGAGCAAGGUGAGGACACCGAGACCACCGAGCCCCAGGCCGAGACCACAGACCCCGCCAUUGAAGAGGCGGCCCCGGAUCAGAAUGCCGCAUUGACAGACCAUGUCGAGGAGGAGAAGACGCCAGAAAUCGUGGUUGAGAAAGACCAGCCACCAUCAUGGCAGCCCGGCUUGAGUUCCCCCAUGGUCUCUCGAAGGUGUGAAGACCAAAGCCUGCCUACACGGGUCACACAUGUCAACCUGGAGGUGUUGAUGAGCGGGGUGGUUUAUCUACCAGGGACACGGGACAGAAAUGGACGCGCUUUGGUGAUCAUCAACACACGGAACACCACGUGGUUGAACCCGCACUGCAACGCUGCAGAACUGGGGCGCCUCCUCCUCUACUUCUACAGCACGGCGCGGCGGGAGUGUAGGCGGCUCGGUCUGACGCUUCUGGUGGACUCUCGGAGAUGUUCUCCUGUGCCGGCUCUGUUCAAAGCUCUUCAUAUUGUUCAAAGCGCUGUGCCUAGUUGUAUCCAUGGCGUGUUGUUCCUUACAGAGAAGGAUCUCAUUGUAUCACCGGAGAGGCCACAUGGAGUCCAGUUUGAUGUUCUCACCACAGCGAAGGCUUUGCACAAACACAUUGAGGCCUCGCAACUCCCACCCAACUUUUACGGGACCUUCCCCUAUUGUCACAAUGAGUGGUUGUCCUUCCGAACGAAGUUGGAGACUUUGCAGGACAGCUGUCGUGAGGCCUUCACAUUUCUUCAGAGCGCCAUCCAGAACCUGCAGAGCAGCCCCCUGCCUGAGAAGGCCGAGGAGGCCAGUCUCCAGCUGGCCAGGUUCGGACAGUUGAUGGGGGCGGUGCUCGAGGACGCGAGGCUGGUGAAGCUGCAGACUGAAGGGGGCGCUGUGCUGGCCAGGCUGAGGAAGGAGGAGUCAUGCGUGAUGCUCACAGACGAUUACAGGGAGGCGGUGGAGGUGGCGGCGGAGCUGUACAAUGGGGUGGAUGAAGGGGUGCACACGCUGGUGAAACUCUCCAACAAACGCAUCCAGCAGAUGGAAUUGGUCAUCGAGUUCCAGGCGUUUGAAGAUCGAUUCAAGGAGGUGAGCGGUUGGAUCGAGCACGUUGGCGAGCGAUUACUUGGUGAAUGUUGUGUUCUAGAAGAUUCACUGGAGGUCCUUCUUCAAACGCAGAGACACUUCCAGGAGUUUGACGGCGUGGCAUGUGAGUACUGUAGACGGGGUCAGGAGAUGCUGCAGGCGAUGGAGAAGUGGCAGAGCCUCUGCCCUCCGGAGGUGCACAGGUACACGGCCAAGUUGCAGGCCUACAAAGAGACGUUAUCGAGGUUCUCGAGGAGGCUGGAGGAAUCCCGCACGCGGCUGGAGAAGACCGUCAGACUCUCUCAGUUCUUCGACAAGGCGUAUGAAUGGGCAUUGGAAGGCAUGCGACGACUUGCCACCGUCAGUUUGGACGACUGUAAUUCCCCGGAGUUGUGUACCGGAGCCAUCGAGAGUCUGGAGAAGUACCAAGUGCAGCACCCGGAGAUCUCGGAGAAGAAAUUCGAGGAGAUGAGGGAGCUCGCCUAUGAGCUGAAAAGCGACAAGGGAACCAAGCAAUGGAAGUUUGCCUGGUCCAAGUGCCAGGAGGCCAGACAAGUCUUCGAGAAGAAACUGGAGGCGGCGCUCAGGGCUAAACAUUUACUGAUUGGAGAGCAGACCUCUCCACGACCAUUCUCGCAAAGGAGACGCCUGAACAGUGUAGACCAGAAAGUUCUCCAGAACAAGCCCCUCGGCUCCCCGCUUUGCGGCAGGGAGAGAAGGCUGGGCAGAGUUCUCUGCAACCGACCAGAAGUUGGGUUUUCCAUGGAGCAGGCGGCGCCCUACAGAGUGAGCCCCUCCUGCUCCAGUGCCAGCUCCGUUGCCUCGUCGGAUUUCCGAGGGCGUAAAAUGUCUCUUCAGAGUAUUCCUAGUGAGGAUUUCAGCUUGGAACUGUUCCACCAAGUGCCGUCUGGAUCCUCCACCCCCACCGCCUCCCGGCCCAUGGGGCGAAGGUUGCUGAGGAAGGCUCAGAGCUUUGACCUCCCUGGAACUGACGCGGGGACUCACGGGUGCCAAAGGAGGCUGAGUGAGCCCGCUAGGCGAGGGAACACCGGAGUGUUUAUUAAAGGGCUGGAAGUGAGCAGCACGGAGAUCGCAGAGCGGCCUUGCAGCCCCCGACAACCUCUGGACUGGUCAGCGGAGAGGGUACUUAGCGACAGGAGGAGUAGCGUGUCCUCGGUCGAUGGGAGAAGUCGCACCAGUAAACUGCGGCAUAUCAUUGAUGAAAUGGUGACCACGGAGAGAGAAUACGUGCGGUCGCUGUGGUACAUCACAGACCAUUAUUUCCCCGAAAUGGAUCGCAUGGAUCUUCCUCAGGAUCUGCGAGGGAAGAGGGGCAUCAUCUUCGGGAACUUGGAGAAACUGAGGGAUUUCCACAGUCAGUAUUUCCUGAAGGAACUGGAGAGCUGCUGCAACCACCCACUAAGAGUCAGCCACUGCUUCCUCCGACAUAAAGACCAGUUCGGGAUGUACGCCUUGUACAGCAAGAACAAGCCGCGGUCGGAUUUGUUACUCGCCAGCCACGGGAAUAUAUUUUUUAAAUAUAAACAGCGUCAGCUGGGAGACAAGAUGGACCUUGCUUCUUAUCUGCUGAAGCCGAUCCAGCGUAUGAGCAAAUAUGCCUUGUUACUGAAGGAUCUGAUCAAGGAGUGCGGAGAGGCGCAGGAACAGGAGUUUGUGUAUCUGCGCGCUGCUGAGGAGAUGGUCAAGUUCCAGCUUCGCCACGGCAACGAUCUACUGGCCAUGGAUGCCAUCCGAGACUGCGAUGUAAACCUGAAGGAACAAGGUCAGCUGGUGAGGCAGGGCGAGUUCACGGUGUGGCUGGGGCGCAAGAAGUGCCAGAGACACGUCUUCCUGUUCGAAGAUCUCAUCUUAUUCAGCAAACCGAAGCGGAUCGAAGGUGGCCUCGAUGUCUUUAUCUACAAGAGGUCAUUUAAAACCGCAGAUAUCGGCUUGACUGAGAACUCGGGGGACAGCGGACUGCGUUUCGAAAUCUGGUUCAGGAGACGUAAAUCCAACGACACGCACAUUCUACAAGCAAGCAGCAAUGAUGUCAAGCAAGCCUGGACGGCGGACAUUGCCGAAAUCCUUUGGCAGCAAGCGAACCGGAAUAAAGAGAUCCGCAUGCAGGAAAUGGUCUCUAUGGGCGUCGGCAACAAGCCGUUCCUGGACAUAAAGCCGAGCGACGCCGCCAUAAACAACCGCGCUAUUGAUUACAUCAUGAAAGGCAGAGGGGCCAGAACUCGAGCCUCCAUCGCCGUAUCUUUGUUUGACCACUCGGACCCUUAUAAAAGGACCCAGGCACCCAUCACUUGUAACUCAGUGCCUUCUGCCUGUGGACCCUCGUCUGCUUCAUUGUUGGGACCUCUGAACCUGCACAUGUAUGUGAAUCAGACCCUUCUGCCUGGAGUUCUUUCCGCCAACAGGCCCUUCGAGACCAGCAGCUGCCUGGAGGAAGAUGAGCUGGAGAACGAGACGAGCUGCAGUCAGCCUUCCAUGACUACAGAGAGUUCGGAGUCUUCGCAGUGUAUGUCUGGAGGCGGCUCCAGCGGAUCGGAUAGCGGCUGUGUCUCCGGAAUCCCCCAGGACAAUCUUUCGGAAGAUGCUACCUCUCCCUGCGACCCCUCAGCACAGUACACCUUUCCCGAGAGGAGGAACAGUUCUGGCGUCGCCCCCCCGGUGGUAGAAAAAUCCAGGUUUCUCAACCGGCAGUACAUUUCUGCAAAUCAAAGCCGCAUUUCCCUCAGUCCUUCCACCAUUGUCUGAUCUUCUUCCUAAAACCCGUAUUCCAGUAUGAACGGGUGAUUUUCCGGAUUUGAACUCCAGCCUCCGGGUCCCAGCGACGUUUCUAUGUUCUAACCGCCUCGUUAGCGACUUGUUAAUGUGUAAUAUUUCUCUAUUCCUGUAUAUAGUUUAAUAUACCAGCAGACACCGUUCUAUGUGCUGCAUGGUGCCGAGUUCUCCUGUUAAAGCUGCACAGUUUGUAAAGUUUAUUGAAGAAUAAUUUUUUUUGCAAGAUAUGUAUUUAAAUAACAUUUUAUGUCUUUUUUUUCAUGUUAAACUGGAAUUUUUGAUGAGUGUCUUAUUUUGUUAUAGUUCUUUUGUUCCCAAACUAGAAAUAAUUUAUUUACUGGAGAUAAUACUUCAAUCUGAAUAAACGGAUUUAUUUCAGUUCUUGCA